AUGGCAGGGAUCUUAGCCUGGUUCUGGAACGAGCGGUUUUGGCUCCCACACAAUGUCACCUGGGCGGACCUGAAGAACACGGAGGAGGCCACCUUCCCGCAGGCUGAGGACCUCUAUCUUGCCUUCCCCGUGGCCUUCUGCAUCUUCAUGGUGCGGCUCAUCUUCGAGAGGUUUGUAGCCAGACCAUGUGCCAUCGCCCUCAACAUUCAGGCCAAUGGACCACAGAUUGCCCAGCCCAAUGCCAUUCUGGAAAAGGUCUUCACUGCAAUUACAAAGCAUCCUGACGAAAAGAGAUUGGAAGGCCUCUCCAAGCAGCUGGACUGGGAUGUUCGCAGCAUUCAACGCUGGUUUCGACAGAGAUGCAACCAGGAGAAGCCAAGCACACUGACGAGGUUCUGUGAGAGCAUGUGGAGAUUUUCAUUUCACCUUUAUGUAUUUAUCUAUGGAGUCCGGUUCCUGAAAAAGAGCCCCUGGUUGUGGAAUACAAGGCACUGUUGGUACAACUAUCCCUAUCAGCCACUUACAACCGAUCUUCACUACUAUUAUAUCCUGGAGCUGUCAUAUUAUUGGUCUUUAAUGUUUUCACAAUUCACUGACAUCAAAAGAAAGGACUUUGGCAUCAUGAUCCUGCAUCACAUUGUAGCUAUUUUCCUGAUUUCCUUUUCAUAUGUCAACAAUAUGGCCCGAGUAGGGACCCUGAUCCUCUGCCUUCAUGAUUCAUCUGAUUCUCUUCUAGAGGCUGCCAAAAUGGCAAAUUAUGCCAAGUUUCAGAAAAGUUGUGAUCUUCUGUUUGUUAUGUUUGCCAUGGUUUUUAUCACCGCACGACUGGGCAUAUAUCCUUUCUGGGUGUUAAAUACCACAUUAUUUGAAAGCUGGGAGAUCGUCGGGCCUUACCCUUCCUGGUGGGUUUUUAACCUACUGCUGUUGCUAGUACAAGGCUUGAACUGCUUCUGGUCUUACUUGAUCAUAAAAAUAGCUUGCAAAGCUAUUUCAAAAGGCAAGGCUGGGAAGUGGAACCCUUUACAUGUGUCCAAGGAUGAUCGAAGUGAUAUUGAGUCUAGCUCAGAUGAAGAAGAUUCAGAACCUCCAGGAAAGAACCCCCACACUGUGACCACCACCAACGGGACCAGUGGUACCAAUGGGUAUCUCCUGACUGGGUCUUGCUCAGUGGAUGAUUAAUUACUCAAAACUACAAGUCCCGAACAAAGUGAACUGUUUGUUCCUGGAAGGAUUUCAUAAGUUGCAAAUGUAGUUCCUUUCAUUAUAUCUCAGCACCAGAAACAAAAAUUAGGAAUAUCAAAGCAUUUUGAAUAGUGCACUGCCAUAUGUCCUGUCUGUGAAUGAAAAAGAAUUACCAUUCUCUAUAUGUAGGCAUGCUGUAUGUAAUUGACACAAGGGAACAGUAUUUGCAUUUGUACUGUCUUAGAAUAUUAUUUAUAUCUCGUAUUUGUUUGUAAACCUGUGGACAAAAGAGGGUUUCCUCACUCCUUUUACUCUCUGGGUUCAUGACAGUGAGGGAGAUAUUCCAUCUGCUUCUACCCCUUUCUAUUGCUGUAACUCAGUUCGCUAGGAGCAUCAGCUUAAUUUGUCACUUAGAGCAAGCAAAACCCAGUGCAAGAAUCUCUUACCGCUCCAAAUAGGUUUGCUUUCUUUGUGUUACAGUGCCUGUUUUGAAAUUGCUUAUAUAGUCUCAGUGACCAUUUUCCCGUGUAAAGUUUAAUCAGGAUGAGUUAGGCUUUUUAAUUGUCACUCUUUGUGGUCAAUUAGCAGUUCAAAUUAAAGAGUAUGGUUUGGAAUAGGCAUUAUUUCUUGUGCAAACGGCCACGAUUUCUUUAGUGAGUAUGAUAGCUAGUUGGAGAUAAACGUUGUAAGUUACAGAGAUUUUUUUUUUUUUUAAUUCCCUAUCAUGAGGUCAGUGCUUUGGCUCUGAAGGAAGACAUUUGCUUAAGGACAUAGUUACAAACAAUGAAGUCACUCUUACUAUUGGGAAUUUGUGAUCUGACAAUAACAGAGAACAGCUUAUUUCAAGCAGAUUUCAGCACUAUUCCUAUAAUUACCACAGUCUUCUGUCAUAUCAUGAAAAAAAGAAGCUAAGCAUAUUUUGGGACAGCAAAGGAGAUUUUGAACAGUUGGCAAAGGUCACCUCUAGUGCAAAGCACUUUAUUGCAACCAGCAUUCGAGGAAGUGCCCUACCUAGUACUUGAUCUUCUUGUUUCUAGUUUUUCUGAGCAAAAUAAAGCCAAUGGGAGGAGGACGAUUUUAUUCUUUGUCUUUUCUCCUUAAACAUGACCCACAGUGACUCUCCUGUUAUUAGAAACUGAGUAGUGUUGCAC